AUGAAUGAUGAUUCAACUUUAUCAGCCGAGGAUUCAAGGCUAGUUCAACCAAAACUGAAUCCACCGGUUCCUAUAGCUGAAAAUCCUAAAGUUAUUAUCACCCCUAUAUCAAGUUCGCCAUUUCCACCUUUUUCACAUUUAUUUUUCUCGAUUACAAAAGCAAUAAAUCUUCAUUCUUGCUCACAAAGAAAAGUAUUUCCUAGAUUACGUAUAAAUGCAGCAUUAAACAUGAUAGAUUGUCCAGAUGUUUGGUGCAGUAAUACAGAAGCCAUUUUUAAUGCAGCAUAUGCAUUGGAUUUUUCAGGAUUAUCUAAUCUAUCACUUACAAAUUCCAUUCCUGUUAUAGAAUUUCAUAAAAAAUACCCACAUAAAACAGAAUUUUUCGGAUACUGCACUUGCGAUCUUAAAAUUCAAAAGACAGUUGAGAUUGAUGGCAAGAAACUCUCUAUUAUCGCUUUAAACAAAGAAUACCAAAUUAACGACAUUGGAAGCAAAAAUGUAAUUGGAUCAGUAUUUCUUAGUAUUGGAUUAGGCUAUAUAAAUCAUAGAGAUGUGUUCGAUCCAAACUCUCCAAAUUACUGCCAAAUUCAAACUCCUCCACCUAUACAAGUUUGUAAACCUGCCAAAAAGCCUAUUAAAGUAAAGAAAAAUCAGAAAAAGAACAAAAGAAGAAGACCAAAACGUAAAUACGAUUAUUACUAUAGCGAUGAUUAUUAUUACUCAGAUUAUAGCGAUUAUAGUGAUGACUGGGAAGAACAAGCCGUUAAAAACGGUUGGUUACGACCAGGAACAAAAAUCGACUGGAAAGAAAAAGCAAAAACAGAAGGAUGGGCUCCACCAGAAAUUGUUGCGAAAUAUUCUGUUGACACAUCAUGCAAUUUACUUGCUUCUUCUCUAGUCAAUAUAUCAGUACAAGCAAUUGAUGUUCCAAUGCUUGCUGGUGAAUUAUCCAACGUUAGUAAAAUUAAUUCAUCAAAUUCAUCUCCAUCAAAGCCCGAUCUUGAGAAGGAAGAAGCAACAAAUGAUAUACAAAAGUAUCUUGAUAUGCUUCAAGCUGAAGAAGAAGCUACAGAAAAACAAAACCAAUCUCAUUUAAGUUAUCACGAAGAAGAUAUAUUCUCAAGGGUUAGUGAGAACAACCCACCAGAGUCAAAUCUGUUUUCUACAUCACGAGAAGAAGAAUCACAUUAUAGCAAUAAUAAAUCGAAUUUAUCUUCUAAAAACGACAUCAAUGACUUCGAAAAACUCAAUGACUCCGACAAACUCGAUCCUCUUAUUCAAUCAGAUCGAUCAACAAAAUCAAAUAAGUCAAAUAAGUCUAAUAACUCCAAAAAAUCAACGAAAUCCUCUAUAAUUAAUGCAGUAUCAGAUGAUUUCGAUGAACUUGAUCUUACUUCUAAAUCAAAUACCCUUAGAACAAGUCAGACAGAUCAACUUGGAAAAUCUGAUAAAAUUAACAGUAUGAAACCAACUGAUAAUCAGACAAUUUCUGGACUUACUCCUACAAAUGAUAAAUUUGCCGAACUUUCUGCAUCAAGUACUCAAAAAUCUCUUGAUCUUUCAAUCAAAUCUAAUAAGAGCAGCAAAGCUGAUAAUCAAGAUGACCUUAUAAAUACAAGUAACUCAAAUAAAUCCAAUAAAUCAGUUCAAAAUGACCUUAUCAAUACAAAUAAAUCUGAUAAAUCCAAUAAAUCAGCUCAAAAUAAUAAUUUUGAUACAAAAUUAGAUUCUGAUAAGUUAUCAGACUCUAUUAAAUCAUUUAAAUCAGAUAAUUCCCUUAAACAAGAUAGACCAACGACAAAUACUGAUAAUUCACUUCAAAAGAGCAAACCAAUUGAUUCAACUUUAUCAGAUUCUGAUUCAGAUAUUCCUCAAGGCCAGAUUCUUCGAAAGUCGAAAGAGAUUCUUGGCGGUGAUGAUGAAGAAGAGGAAGAAGAAGAUUCACUCGUAACUCCUGAAACAAUUGAGAAAUUUAAGAAGAAAAUUGAUGAUCUUAGAAACCAAAUAGGGGAUGAUGAAGAAGAGGAAGAGGAAGAUGAUUUUGUUAGUAAAGAUGAUAUACUUGCUAUUCUUGAUAAAAUAGCAGCAGGAAAAGAAGAAGAAGAAACAAAAGAAAAUCAAACAAAAUCAAAUUUGAGCAACAUCGAAGGACAAUCAAAAUCAAUUAUAGGUGUAGAACAGGAGCCUGAAUUCAGCGUAUUAAGUGACGAAGAUAUUUAA